AUGCCUUCAGUUACAGAUGUUGAGAACAUACAGGAAGCAAAAAAGCUCAAAGCGAAGUUUUCAUCGAAAAAGAAAGCCAAGGAUGAUGACACGGCUUACCUCAAAGUGAAUGUCCUUCAGACUCUAUGGAUGUGCGCCCUGUGUCAUCAGCGAUCGGCUCAAGACGAACUGGGCGAUCUUUUUGGCCCCUAUUAUGUCAACAUUCGACCGGAAGACCACUGGCCUAGCUUUCUGUUCAAGAAGUCGUUGAAGACGUAUUGCAUUGACGUGUGGUUCCAUGGCGACUGUAUCCUAUGGGCUCCAGACAUACAAAUGAAAGGAAAUCAGCUCACUUGUUUAGAAGAAAAACUACAUCAAUUCUGGAAACAGAACUGUUGGGUAUGCAAGAAUUCUGGUGCAACUAUCAAUGUUGACAAUAGAUUUAUGCAUUUCGGAUGUGCUAAGAAGCAAGGUCGGUGUUGCUUGUUCGUGACGUUUUAUCGCUUCUUAAAAUCAUGA